CCUGCGGGGGACAAGGGGAGAGUGUCGGAGGGGCAGCGAGGGGGCUCUCCCCGCAGUGACAGACAGCGACCCCAGUAGACACCACUGUAGUAAGAACUCCGCUGUCCUAUCAGUCACUGUCUCGUCAUGAUAAUCUGGCAUCAGUACUAAGUGGCACUUCUGUCAGACAUUGCAUAGAAUAAUUCAGACGUUUCAUAUGCUGCUGCCUCUCACUCCUGGGACAUGAUAUUUUCUCGAUCCUGAGGAUGGAAAUGGGCAAUAGGCACCUUGUAAAGACCUUUGUAUGCAACAAACUCUCCCGGAAAGGAUUCAACCCAAGUUGCUGCACUGAGCUUCAGGAUGAGUGUUUGGCUAAUGGGGCCUCUCCCACAGGUGAGGCUGGGCGCCAUGCUGGAGGACACGAGGAAAGCAAUGUGGAGGAAGAUGUAGAGCAGGCACUGCUUGAAGCAUCUGAGGAAUUUGAGCUGAGAUAUCGCCGAGCAUUUAGAGACCUCACCUGCCAGCUGCACAUUACCCCGGACACUGCAUAUCAGAGUUUUGAACAAGUGGUGCAGGAGCUGUUCAGGGAUGGCACGAACUGGGGGCGCAUUGUGGCAUUCUUUUCUUUUGGGGGGGCACUUUGUGUUGAGAGUGCAAACCGGGAAAUGGAAGAGCUGCUACCUAGGAUAAUCCAGUGGAUGACUACGUAUUUGAACACCUCAUUAGAGCCCUGGAUACAAGCAAAUGGAGGCUGGAAAGCUUUUGUCAGUCUAUACGGAAAUGAUGCUGCUGCCAAUACAAGGAAGAGCCAAGAACUAUUUGGGAUGUUGCUGUUCACUGGAGUUACGCUGGCGGGGCUCUUCCUGCUGGCUUCCUACAUGAGCCGCAGAUAACCCUUCACCCGCUGGACGUAGAGCAGAAAGGUCAUAUGAUGGCGCAGAAUGUUCCUUUUCCUAAUCAUGAUACACAAUGUAGCAGUGAGGAAGCAGAAAUGUUGGCAGUAGUACUUCUUGUCACACAAUUGGCAGAUGCUGAAACCACAGUAACUAUUUGUUAGCUAUUUUAAAUCCUUUUAGGAAUUGAAGCUUCUUUUUUCUUUGGAGCAGUGUUAAAUUGUUUUUGAAUAAAUUGUUUUUCUGUUUCUGCUGGCAGCAGCUAA